AUUUCCUCCCUCCUCACUCCUCCAGAAAUUGGAAUAUUCCUUCUUCCUCACGCUCACACUUCUCUUCUCUCCUCUCCUCUCUUCUCUUCUCUCGAGCUCGACGCUUUUAAUGGUAGCUGGCUCUAGCUGCCGAGGCUGAUGUCACCGCCUCUCGAGCAUGACUACAUAGGCCUCUCCGAGCUCCACUCUCCGGCCGCCGCCGUCGCCACCGCCGAGGAUGGGGCGCUCAACCUGAAGGAGACGGAGCUAAGGCUCGGCCUCCCGGGAUCCGGGUCCCGCGACCGGAGUGACUUGGCGGGGGGGCUCACCUUGGGCCUCAUCCCCAAGUCCUUCGUCUCCGGCGCGAAGCGAGGGUUCUCCGACGCCAUCGACGGGGCCGGCAAGUGGGGGUUCGCGGCCUUAGGGGGUAGAUCUGAGGUGGAUUCUGGAAAAUGUGGCGCGUUGUUCUCCCCUAAGGGGGAGAACGGCGAUGGGCAGCUGCCCGCUCUGGGAAAUGCGGGCAAAGGCAUGGACGCGGUGGCUAAGGCGACCGAGCAUGAGAGAAAGUCUGCCGGAAUGGUCGGGAAUUCGACUGGGAAUGAGCGUGGAGUCGCGCCUGCGGCAAAGGCACAGGUGGUGGGUUGGCCACCAAUUCGUAGUUAUCGUAAGAACAGCAUGGCUACAAAUCCAUCAAAGAACAAAGAAGAUGCUGAUGGGAAGCAAGGAUCAGGAUGCCUUUAUGUUAAAGUCAGCAUGGAUGGAGCACCAUACCUUAGGAAAGUUGAUCUGAACAUAUACCAGAAUUAUAAGGAGUUCUCAUUGGCACUAGAGAAAAUGUUUAGCGGCUUCACUAUUGGCCAGUGUGAUUCUCAUGGAAUACCAGGCCGAGAUGGAUUGACUGACUGCAAGUUGACUGAUCUUCUAAGUGGAUCAGAAUAUGUGCUCACAUAUGAGGACAAAGAUGGUGAUUGGAUGCUUGUUGGGGAUGUGCCAUGGGAGAUGUUCAUCGACUCUUGCAGGAGGCUGAGGAUAAUGAAGGGAUCAGAUGCAAUUGGACUUGCUCCAAGGGCCAUGGAGAAAUGCAAGAACCGUAACUAGGUCUCUGGGUUGGACACUUCAAUGAAAGGAAAUGCACACCUGAUCAUGUCAGUAAGGCUCUCCUUGAGACCGAAAGGUCUAACAAGGUUAUUGGCAAAUUGUUAUAUAUCUAUUAAAUUAGCUGGUUUGCUGCUUCUUUACAUGUACCAAGACUCCGUUAGAUAAGAUUCUCUAGGGGAACUAAGCUUUCUAUGAUUGUGAAUUCAGUAUGUGUAUGCACUGCAACUACUGUGUCUGUAUGUGUAAACACUUGGCUUGGCUGUUUGGAAUUGCUAUAAUUAUAUUUCCUGUUUGAAAA